UAAUUUCCCCUCUCCUUUAUUUUUUUUCCCACCCCCCACUGAUUUCCUCCCUUUUUUCUUAACAUAUAUUAUAUUAAACGAGGCGACUAAUUCUUCGCCGUAGAAAUCACAAUUCCGAAGCAGAAACAAACAGCGACGCCAUCGCGUCGCGUCAUUCUUCCAAUCGAGAACUCUUCUCCGGAUUUCCUGGUUUUUUUUUCUUCUUCUUCGUCGUCGUCGCCCCCCCUCCUCUUCGAUUCGUCCGUUUCCCAAGAGCACAAUGGAAAUCGUAGGUUUUAGGAACAGGAAUUCGUAUUAGCGAGUGGUAAUUGCUGCCGGUUGGUGGAUAAUCCCAUUUCGAUGGCUCGAUCGGCGGUUUAAUUUGCGAAUUCGAAAAAUUGUGGUGAAUUUCUCGUGGACUCCGGCGCGGCAAGGGUGGAGGAAGGCGUGGACCGCGCGCGAUGCAGUACCACCAGCACCGGAGCAGGCUGCCGCCGCCGCCGCCGCCGCCGCCGUUCGGGCGCGGCGGGGGUGGCGCCGGGUACCCCCGCGGACACAAGCAGCUGUACGCGCCUCCGCCUCCGCCGCCGCCGCAGCAUCAGCAGCAGCGAAGGUACGAAGUGCUCAUGGAGGCCGGCCGCCUCGCGGCCGAGUACCUGGUGGCCAAGGGCGUGCUCCCGCCGUCCUCCUUGCAGCGCGGCGUCGGGGCGUGGGGCGCUCCUUCUCCUCCUCCUCCUCCUGCUGCGGCGGGGGCGGCGCCGCACCCGCCGCAGCAGCAGCGGGAGGACCCGGCGUUCUAUGGCCGGAGAAGGUAUGAUGAUGAGUAUAGCAACAACUCUAGCGCCCGGCCUAGGAGGAACAGUAGCAACAGUAGCAGCAGCAGCAGCAGCAGAGAUGAUUACAGUGGUGGUAGCUACAAUGGGAGAGGCAAGAGGAAGUAUGGGGAUUACAGGAGAGGGUAUUCGGAUUGGGGGAGGGAUAGGGAGAAGGAGAGAGGGAGGCCGGGUUCGAAUGGCCGCCGCUAUGAGGAGAAUGACGAUGAGGAUGGGGCUCCUGGUUUCCGGAGGGAGCGGAGGGGCAGUGGAGGGAAUGAUGAUGCGAGGAGUAGCGUUGCCGACGUGUAUAGGGAGGCAACACCAUUGAUGAGGAAGGAACUAGGGGAUUUGGAAAUGAAUGGUACUGAGUCGAGGGCCGCGAAUCCCAGUGGUGAAGUUAAGGAAGCUGAUGCUCCGCAGAUGGUGCAGAGUGAAGAGAAUGAGGAAGGUGAGAUGGAGGAGGAUGGCAUGGUGUUGAAUUCGGAACCAGAGGUUGUGGAGCUAAGGAUGGACACAAAUGAUGAUGUUAAUAAUGCUUCUGUUGGUGUUGAUAUGGAGACAGAGUUGCAGCGUUCGCCCAAUGGUAACGUUCCAGGUGAGAAAGCCGAAGAUGACGACAAAGUUUUGGUUGAGUCUGCUUUGGACAGUAUUGCUUUGGAUGAUGAGGUGGCAAAUACGGAAAAUAACUUGCACGGUGAUGAGAGGAAUUUGCUUAAAUACUGUGAAUAUGCAAAAGCUCCAACUAAGCGCAGGUCAUCACGUCCACAAAGGAAUGCAGCAUCUGUCCAAAUAGAACCAGCAGUAUCUGAAACAACCGAUCAGAUUUCUAUUGGAGAAGCUUCCCAGAUAGUACCUGGUGAAGUUGCAAAUGAGAUCUCAGUGACCAACCUCAAGUCAGAAAAUAGAGAAGAUCAAAUCUACCGAGAAAACACUGACUUUAGCACUUCCUGCAAUGGUACAUUGGAGCCAAUUCUUCUUGAAGAAAACAAUGAGUCAGCUGCGACUGGAAAUAUAAUAGAAGAAAAGAAUGAUGUACAGCUCCAUGUGGUCAAGGAACCAGAGGAAGAAGUAAAUGUAUCUGCAUUCGCGCCUUCUCACAAGGAUAGCUUGAUGCAAGAAACUGACUUAUCUCCAUCAACGGCUUCUCACAAGGAUAGCUUGCUUGAGGGUAACUUACCCCUGUUGACAGAUUCUCACAAUAGCUUGAUUGAGGAAACUGGACCUCCAUUGACACAUUCCCAUGAGGAUAGCAUGGUUGAAGAAACCAAUCUCUCGUCCUUGACAACUUCUCACAAGGGCAACUUGAAACAGGAAACGGACUUAUCUCAGACAAUAUCUUCUCAUGAGAAUAACUUGAAAUUGCAAUUUAAGGAAAGUUGUGGCAUUGAUAUGCUGCCACAAGAUGUAGACUUGAUUGAAUUGUCUGGUCAACGGAAAAGUGUUGGUGGUGAACUAUUUUCCAAUGUUGGAGCUGAAGCUGCCUCCAAAAUGGAAGAUGAAAAUCUAGAGCAACCAAAUCCAUUUAAAAUAUGCGAUCAGAACUUGAUUGGUAGUUCUGAGGUUUCUGUGAUACAUAAUAAUCCUGGUUUGGCCCAAUGCUCUACAGAAGGAUCUUGCACAGAGUCACAGAAAAACCAGCAUCAAGAUUUUGUAACCACUUCAGGUGAUAUUGCUGGUAGUACAAAUAAUAUGUGCCAACUUCCAUUAGAUAAUAAGGGUGUCCAAGUAAUUGAUAUAGAAGAUGACACACCAAUUGAAGUUGGUGGCUUUGAUUCUUCAAAAGCAAAGAGCGACAUGAUAUGCUCUAACAUGGAUAACAUGAUGGGCCCUGUUGUACACAGUGGUGAUCUUCCUGGUAUUCAAGAUGGUUACAAUCUUGCAAUUUCUGAUUAUCUUGGUGGUGAUAUACCAUGCUACCCAUCAAUGCAAUCAGAUCUUCAUGGUGGUAUAGGUGCUAAUGAUUCUGAGGGUAUCACUGUCAUGGAUGAUCCAAUAUAUGGGUCUCUCACUGAUAUUGGUUUCAUGGAUGUCUGGGGGCAGCCAACACAGGAUGACUACGAGAAGUUCUUCUAGUCCGCUGCCCAAAGAAGGCUGAGAUUGUUGAGGAACUUUACAAAUAAACCUGAGUAAUCGGUAGCUUAGGCGAGAAUAAGUAAAGUAGAUUGUGCCCUCGUCUCAAAGAAAAUGCUGUAUCGGUCUUAGUUUAGCGUUGGUACUCAGGUUGUUGGGGGUGAAUGGUGGUUGUUUAAUCAGAGGUGUAGUAGAAGACAUGUGUAAGGCCAAACAGCCGGACAGCACAGGAUGGAUAGCUUUUUUCUUGUUUCCCUUUUUGAUAUGUUGGUGUUCUGUUCUGUAGAAUGAUUCCGUUUGGAUCAGUGUAUGCUAGUUCCUACAGGCAAAUGCUGCGUCUGGAUCUAAUGGGUUUU